AAGAAAUCUUGGAAUACAAACAAACACGUUCACAAAUUCAUUCCUUAGACAAAUCUCCCCCAAUAUUCACCCUCAGAUCUCAUCAAGAUUACAUUUUUACACUCAAUUCAUUCACUUUUUCAUCAAUCAAUGGCGGAAAACCUCCCAAUGACUCACCGUUCAACCUUCUUGUUACCGCCAACAGUCACCGAUACGACGACCUACGCACUUAUUAUCCUUAACCAACGCCUCCCUCGAUUCUCACCCUUAAUUUGGGAUCACGCAAAAGUUCGUGUGUGUGCUGACGGUGGAGCUAAUCGGUUGUUUGAUGACAUGCCGGAGAUGUCUUGUUGUGGGGAAGAUGUGUCUGGUGUUCGUGAAAGGUACAAGCCAGAUGUAAUUAAGGGAGAUAUGGAUUCAAUCAGACCAGACGUUUUGAAUUUCUACAGAAAUUUGGGAACCAAGAUUAUAGAUAAUUCUGAUGACCAAGACACGACAGAUUUACAUAAAUGUAUUGCGUAUAUACUCGAUACCGUUUCCGAUGACAGGAAGUCAAACCUGUGCAUACUUGUUGCUGGAGCUCUCGGUGGUAGAUUUGACCACGAAAUGGGAAACGUUAACACGUUAUGCCACUUUUCAACAACACGGAUCGUUCUUUUGUCCGAUGAUUGUCUUAUUCAACUUCUUCCUAGUAACCGGCAUCAUGAGAUUAGUAUCAUGUCUUCGGUUGAGGGCCCACAUUGUGGCCUUAUUCCUAUUGGUACCCCUUGCGGAAGCUCUACAACUACCGGGCUACAAUGGAAUCUUGAUAAUACAGAAAUGAGAUUUGGGGGUUUAGUGAGCACAUCAAAUAUCGCCAAAGGAGAAACGGUAACCGUUAGAUCGGAUUCUGAUCUUUUGUGGACAAUAUCUCUUAAGAAAAACACCCAUGAAGGUGAAGAAGGCAUACUACAUGAUUCUCAACAUGUUUGAUCAUAGAUUCAUAUCCUAAAUUAUAUAUUAUUAUUUAUAUUUAUUUUAUUUGUGUAAUGAAAACAGUUACAGUUAUUCACUUAUUUGUGUCUAUCUAGAGAUAAUAUAAUUUUUGUGCCAUCCUUAGUGAUGUUUGUUUCUUUUAGGGUAGAUUUCCUUUGUUGCAUUUUGUUUAGUGUGUAUGGUUUAGGUUUCAGUUGUUAAAAGUACAUGGUAUUACUAUU